AUGCAGGAAUGGAAGAUCCUCAAAAUGGGUUUACCUGAUUCAAUUUACGUCAGAGUCUAUGACAACGAAGUCGUAAGAGCUGCAAUAAUGGGUAGAGCAACUGGUGCUGGGGUUAACCAUUUUAGAAUAGAUACUCGUCGGGCAACUUACAAGAGCCACAAAUUGCUGGUUGCUAAAUGGAAUCCAAAUACAUCGACUAUACUGAAUAUUUUGUUAUCUGUUCAACUCGUAUUUCAAACUGAGGACCCGUACUAUGGGAUGAAAACGAACGAUCCUCGUUUACAAAAAUCCAUUAAGAACGGUUACAAGUUUGAUGAAUCUUUUGAGUGCAAUGAAAGACACUUCAAAGCAAACUGUCUGACAAUGCUGGUUACUCUGAGGCGCCCACCAAAAGAUUUUGAAGAAUUUGUGGCAGAACAUUUUCGCGACCGUUCGGAAACAAUUUUUACUGCUUUUAACCGUUACAAAAUCAAAUGUGGUGAUCAUUUCAAAUAUGAGAUGAAGAUGGGCAAGGAAUAUCAUGAUUCGAUGGUCAAUGUACGUACACAGCUUUUGAAGGUAUUUAUAAAGAAUGGUUCUUCAUUGGAUGAUUUUGUUGGAGACAUUAACUUGGAUGCUGAUGACUCCGGCCAUGUUGUCACCACCGAAUGA